CUUUUUCUUUCCCCGAGGCUUUAAACUAUUCACCUUCUCCUUCUUCUCUGCCACUUUCGGCACCAGCUGCCAGAUUUGUUUUAAUCUGACGAGAUAAAUGGGGUCGGAGGAGAGCAUGGGUUCAUGCGCUCCAGCUUCCGAGCCGGCAGUGGGGGUGUUCCGGGAAGAGCCAAAAAAUCCCCAACGUACCCCCGACCGAGCCUCCUACCAGAAGAAUGUCUGCUUUGGCUGCAACAAAGAGGGGCACUGGCUGCGGGACUGCCCUUUGAGGGCGAAGCUGAGCCCCGGGUCUCCCGAUCCCGGCGCCGGCGCCGGGGUGGCGGGCGGCCGGAGGUACCCGGAGACGCAGUGCCCCUGUGGGCGGGGACCUUGCAUCGUGCUGACUUCGAGGACGGAUCGCAAUCCCAACAGGGAUUUCUACCGCUGCCCCGGGAAAUCGGUCACUGAGAGAUGUAAAUUUUUCCUUUGGUGCGAUUUGGCAAGUCCUAAACCGCAGCAUGGUUACGGCAGCCCCACAAAACCCUAUCAACAACAUGGUGCCAACAGCCCUGCAAAGCCUGAUGUGCAGCAUGUUGCAGGCGAGUCUUCGUAUCCGAUAUGCUCUUGUGGUGCUGGAAGAUGCAGAGUCUUAACAAUGACAGACGGGGAGAAUGCCGGUCGUAGAUAUUUCGCCUGCCGGAUUAAGAAGGGUCAAGGAGCUUGCAAUCACUUCCAAUGGGUUGAUAGUCCAGCAAAACUAUCAGAAAAGAUGGAUAAUCAUUCAGAUGAAGAGAGUGUUCCAAAUUUUUGCCUGGUGCCUGAGGAGCCAAAGAAACCAGAAAUGGACGAUGACACUAAGAACGGUGGUUUAGGUGGAAACGGGCAUCGAACUUUCAUUCUGGUGCCCGAGACAAAAGAAGCCAGGAUGGAUGAUGGUGGAGCAGGUGAAGCAAUGAAUGAAGACAAACCAGAGGAAAUGUUAGAAAUGUUACCUCAGACAUCAGUUGUUCCAGAAUCACCACCAUUAUCACCAAAGAGGCAAAAUCAACCUAACAUCAUGCUAGAAUUAUCAGGAAUUGAAAGAGUCAGUUUACAUGGUGAUAGCCCAGGUGCAUCCAGGCUGGGUAAAUGCUAUAGAUGUGGUAAAGAGGGGCACUGGAUGAGUGAAUGUGUCGAAUUUCCAAGUUCUCCUUGCUUCAAGUGCGGCAGGUUUGGGCACUGGAAGAAAGAUUGCACAGGGUAAACCAGAGGGAUGAUCCCAAAACUUAGGUUUUGUUGGGGUUACAAGCUGGUGACUUCACAUCUUCAGUUAUACCUAAACUAUGACUUUCUGCACCAAUCUGAAUGCCAAUGUAUGUAUGAUAUCUGUUUAUGAGAACUUAUCAGGAGUGGCCGUCAUCAUAAGUUGUCCUGUAUCUAUUUAUGUAACAAGUAGUUACCGUCCUCUGUUUAGCAGCUUUAGCUUAUGUUUUUGAAUUAAUUAGUAGCAGAUCCUUGUAUGUGAAAAGUAUUAACCUACUUUCUGGCUGCGAGGUGUGCAUCAACUGGCCUUUGGUAUAUAUGGCAACAGAUCUCUGAACUAGAUAUCUGCAAGUCAUCCAUUAUGUAGAAAAGGCAUUUGUUCAGUGUGGAUAUUUAAUGUAUGGGUAUGACAUGGAUCACACAUAAACAUAGCGGAAGAUUUAUGGUUACCUUUUAUAGAUGCUUACGAUGAAAA